AUGUGGACUGCUGAGCACUCCAGGGAAGCCAACCUUCACUCACAACUUAGGGUGUCCAGGACUGAGAUCGCCAUGGCGAUAGAUGACCCCUUCCCCUUGUUCUAUGGGCUGGCUGACAAUGACAUCAUCACCGAGCAUAUGUUCAAGGAGACUCUGGAAAGGACCAGACAGGAGGGGAUACACAAGGCAAGCUACUCCCUGCUCUCCUGGCUCCUGGACAGAGAGCCACGUGUAAUACAGGCCUUCUGGAACAACUUGUCCAAGGAGUACAACCGGGAAAGGUACCCAAAACUCAAGGCCAUCUUUGCCGGCCUCCAGCAAGGCGGGGGCCUCGGUGGGCAGAGGAGGGUUAAGAAGCUGUUUGGCGGCAGUAAGACGGCUCUUCAGCCACAUGCACAGCAGGGCAGGAAGCGAAGCCCCAGGGAGGAUGAACGGGCACAGCUGCCCCAGACCCACUCCAAGAGAGCCAGCAGUCCAGGGACCAAAGUGAAGUCGAUGAGGAAGACAGAAAGUGCUGAGGUCUCCCGGUUGGCUGCAGGAAAUGGUAUCCAGGCAGUGGCUACCUCAGUACAGAGAGCCGUGACGCUUUCGUCUGGAGAGCUGCCGGGAGGUUGUGGGGCAGUGGAGGAGAUCCUCAUCAAACAGGUCUUUGAGUCCGGGAGCUCUAAGAAAUGUAUCAAAAUGGGUGGUGAAUUCUACUCCCCUGGAAAACUGGAUGAGUUAGGAAGAAAUAAGACAAAGACUGCUAAGACCCAUGUUCGCCACAAGGCGGCGACAUCAGCAAGCAACAGAAUAACCGAGGUCCCUCGAAACGAUGAUGAGUGCGCGGUGUGUAAGGACGGGGGUGAGCUCAUCUGCUGCGACGGCUGUCCCAGGGCCUUCCACCUCACCUGUCUCACCCCCCCUCUCACCUCCAUCCCCAGCGGCACUUGGCGCUGUCAGCAGUGUCUUGGCAACCAAGCUGAGGGUGAGAGGGCCUACCUACCUGUGCAGUCCGCCAAGCUAACGGAGACCAGCUCCAGCUCCUCGGUGGACUUCUCCUUUUUCUCGGCCCUGUCCUCUGCCUCCCUCUCCAGUGUCACCACCACCAAGAGCAGCCAGACCUCUGCUGCCCAGCUCCCAGGCGCUGAGUGCCUGAGUGUGGGGCAGAAGUGUGGCAUGUGCCUGCAGGGAGGAGAGCUGACCGCCUGCCCUCAGUGCUUACAGGCCUUCCACCCUCAGUGCUACUUCCCCAGUGGGAGGUCCAAGUGUAGAUCCUGCUGCAAGACUUGGGGCAGCAUCAAUGAACGUGAACGUCCGGUGGCAGAGUUGGAGAGCGUGCAGGUUUCCAUGUACGAUGCCCCACCUGAGCAGAGUGUGCCUGUCUCAGAGCAGAUGCUAAACAAGGAAGAGCUGGACUCUCUCAUGGGGGAGAAUUCCAUCGAUGGGAUCUUGCAGUGGGCCCUACAUAACAUCUCCCGGCCUCUGGCGGAGAACCAGGGCUUCUUCCAGUGAGCGUGUUUGCAUUGGACAGGUCUUCCAUUCACCUACAGUAUAUCAGCCAUCGUAGUCAUAUACUCUCUUUACAAGGGUGAAUGGAUGAAGAUUGGGGGCACAGUCUACAAAAGCAAACUAAAAGACUAAGGGAUUAGACUGCACUAAAACAAUGUCUACAUGACAACAUUUAUUUUCUUUUGAGCUGUUCUUGUUGUAUUCGGAUGUACAGUCAGGUCCAUAAAUAUUGGGACAUCGACACAAUUCUCAUCUUUUUGGCUCUAUACACCACCACAAUGGAUUUGAGAUUAAACGAACAAGAUGUGCUUUAACUGCAGACUUUCAGCUUUAAUUUGAGGGUAUUUACAUCCAAAUCAGGUGAACGGUGUAGGAAUUACAACAGUUUGUAUAUGUGCCUCCCACUUUUUAAGGGACCAAAAGUAAUGGGACAAUUGGCUGCUCAGCUAUUCCAUGGCCAGGUGUAUGUUAUUCCCUCAUUAUCUAAUUUACAAGGAGCAGAUAAAAGGUCUAGAGUUCAUUUCAAGUGUGCUAUUUGCAUUUGGAAUCUGUUGCUGUCAACUCUCAAUAUGAGAUCCAAAGAGCUGUCUCUAUCAGUGAAGCAAGCCAUCAUUAGGCUGAAAAAUCAAAACAAACCCAUCAGAGAGAUAGCAAAAACUUUAGGUGUGGCCAAAUCAACUGUUUGGACCAUUCUUAAAAAGAAUGCACCGGUGAGCUCAGCAACACCAAAAGACCCGGAAGACCGGAAUUGUGUCGAUGUCCUAAUAUUUAUGGACCUGACUGUACGUACAUAGGGACCCUCUUUUAGAAAAGUGCACAUGACUGCCACAUGUAAGUUUCACACUACAAGUUUUUUGCAAGUCAUGUUUCUGUGCUAGCUUGGAUGCAUGCAAUGGUCUGAACACAAUGAAUAAAGAUGAUUAGUGAGCAAA